AUGCGCAAGUGUAAAGUGUUUGUUGGUAACUCUCACCCAGAGCUCGGGCAACUCAUCUGUGCCAAGUUGGGUGUUGAGCCUGCGCCUUGCACUCUGAAGAAGUUCUCGAACGGUGAAACUUCGGUUCAAAUUGGUGUCUCCGUCCGUGAUGAGGAUGUGUAUGUCAUACAGAGUGGUUCCGGUGACAUCAACGACCAUAUUAUGGAGUUGCUGAUUCUCGUCUCUGCCUGUAGAGGUGGAUCUGCGAAGAAGAUCACGGCUGUGAUUCCACAGUUCCCGUACUCUAAGCAGUCAAAGAUGAAGAAGCACAGAGGUGCUAUCACUGCGAGAAUGUUGGCUAACUUGCUCAUCAUGGCUGGUGCUGAUCAUAUCAUUUCCAUGGACUUGCACGCUUCCCAGAUGCAAGGCUUCUUCUCCAAGCCAGUUGACAACUUGUACGGUGCACCAAGUCUUGCCAAAUGGAUCAGAGAGAACGUGGAUGAUUACAAGAAUGCCGUUGUCGUGUCCAAGAACCCAGGUGGUACGAAGAGAGUUACUGCUUUGGCUGAUUCCUUGAAGAUCAACUUUGCCAUGAUUCACACUGACCGUCGUCGUACUGCGGAUGUAUUGGCUCAAAAGAAGAAGGAGGCCAAGCAGAGAAGACAGAGUGCCGUCAGAAGACGUUCAAGUAACAAGAGAAGCGACACUCUUGAUGAAGAUGAAGUGGAGAACAUCAUCUUGUCAAACGGGCUACAGACGGCCCGUAUUGUCAAGGGCCAUGUUGUCGAUGACGACUACAUUGCAGAGGCUGUAGUGGAGGAAGAUGAUGAGUCCGAGGACGGUGAGAUUCCACACGACCAGACUUCGUAUGCUCUUGGUGGCACUUACGACGCUGACGACUCCGAUGCUGAUGAUGAGCCAGCUGCCCUUUCACAGGAGAAGCUCAUCACCCUUGUUGGUAACGUUAAAGAACGUUCUGUGAUCAUCCUCGAUGAUAUGAUUGACAGACCAGGCUCAUUCAUUGCAGCAGCUGAACACUGUCGUCUCAACUGUGGUGCUAAGAAGGUGUAUGUUGUUGCUACACAUGGAUUGUUCAUUGAUGAUUGUUUGCAAGAGUUGAACAACUCUCAAUACAUUGAUCAAGUUGUCGUCACAAACACUUAUCCUUUGACUGAAGAGAAGAAGACAUGUCCAAAGCUCGUCACCAUUGACAUUGCUCCAAUCCUUGCCGAGUGUAUCCGUCGUGAUCACUAUGGUGAGAGUAUCUCAGUCUUGUUUGACUCACUAAGCACUCUCUAG